AUGUCUCUCCGCCAGGACCGCAAGAACCAGCUCGUACAUGAUGCGCUUGAUGCAGGAGCUUACAAGCAGGCAUUACAGCUCUGCAACAAACGCAUCAAAAAAGGCGAGAAGAAUGAUUAUCUCUUUGCCAUCAAAGCCCUUGUUUUAACUCUCAUUAAAACCGGUCCAUCCUACGAAGAAGCUCUCGUUAUCGCCAAGCAACUCUCGGCAAAAACCCCUCCGAUCGAUUCCAUCGAGGUGCUGACCACAACCACUAAAGUAUGGUCGAUGCUAGGCUCGGAGCAUGCCGGUGAGGUAGCCAAGAUGUGGGAGCGUUCUGUUAAAGUACAUCCCGGAGAUGAGGCUCUAACACGAGAAUGGCUAUGGGGAACUAACUCACUUCCGGAUUCAGCAGUGGACAAAAAGCUGUUUGGUCAGCUUGCGUAUAGGAUGAUUUCGAAAUCGCGAACGGAUACACCUACCGAUACCACUGUAGUGCCUCCCCGAGCCAUCCAAACGUCGCAAGAAGUCGGACUCUACCUUGAGGUCCUCCCUUAUGUGGCACCAGACUCCGCAACAGCUACAAAAGAGGCACUCGAGCUCUUGAGUUCUUCAAAUCUUGGUGUUGACUCUAAGAUCGGGUCCGGAGAUUGGUGGGGUCUCGUUAGACGGCAGUUGGAUUUGCUGGAGGAGAGCGGCAAUUGGAUGGAAGUGUGGAAGGCCUGUGAGAGCCUUCUGCAUGGGGUUGAAGUAAAGGCCAAAGAGUCAGCAGCAGCAAAAACAGAUGGCGGGGCAGUUGCAAACGAAGUAGCGAAGAUGACUGAUGGAGCUGCCGUUCCUGAAACUGAGGGUGAGACAAAGGGUCGUGGAGACGAUUGGAGGGUUUGGGAGGGGUUCGUCAAGGCUGCGGGCGAGCUUUAUAAUCAAGAAAACAAGGAUCAGGGUAACAAAGCACUCGAGGUUAUUCUGCAACACAGGGAAACCGCAAAAACGGGUACAUCAAGAAAUGCAGAUCUCGCAUUGGUCAAAUUUGCGUCACUGUUUCAUGAUCACCAUGAGGGACCGGAAGGUACUCCCACAUUGCUAGAGGCAUGUAAAGAGUAUUUUACACGAACUGGAACAAAGAGCUGUUGUUUCGAGGAUUUGCAGAACUAUCUCGAGAUGCUUGAGAUGAGUGAGAAGAAGGAGUUUUUGGGAUUUGUGGAGAAGCAUAUCGAGGAUAUGGAUGCCGACGAUGAGGUACUUGAAAGGAACUUGCAGAUUUUAAGUUAUCAAUCACUGACAGAUGGUUUCUACCAGAAAUCAAAGAUUUCCAAGACCGCUGCCCAGAUCAACCAUCACAAAUUUAUUUACCUUCUCACCAUUUCCCCCCUUACUAUCACUGCCACCUCUACUUCCUCGGAAGAGGAGGUAAUCCCCAAACUCAAUGAUUUCAUUACAUCAUCCCUCAAGAUCUAUGUCGGCGCCCUCCCACUUGGCUCUGCACUACUUGACACAGACAACCAAUAUGGCGACGAUGCCGCCCUUCUCUCUAUUAUGGGUCUCGUCCGCUUGCAUCUCUUGCACUCUUCCAUAACAUCCUCCUCUACUUCGAUCACAGCACAGGCGCCUCUCUAUCAGGCUUUGAUAAUUCUCGAGGCCGUUGUUUCCAAGAGCAAACACAAUUACCAAGCCCUGCUUCUUCUCGUCCGGCUAUACCUUCUGCUCGGGGCAGCAUCCCUCGCAGUUGAAGUCUACCCCCGUCUCAACAUCAAGCAGAUUCAGAACGAUACGCUCUCUCAUUUCCUUCUCACCCGGAUUAGUACAAUUCUGCCUGCCGAGAAAAAGGUCGAGGCGAUUCUCAAUGACGCCGGGAGAAUAUAUGAAAGUAGCUCCUCACAAACACCAAACAUGCUUGUCCUCGCCUUUGAGCGCGGAGGCUACGCACAAAUGAUGGGUUUCAUCGAGUUCAGCGAACGUGUUGCCGGCUCUGUCUGUCGCUCAAUGUGGGAGAUUGAGCGCCGCCGCCUUGAUCGCCUGGGACCACAACAGACCAAUAAGAUCGAUGACCUAGAGACUCUCGAUACAGUACUCAAGGAUGACGCUGUCGUCUGGGAUAACCGUGAUUUUGGUGUCCUUGUAAACUGUGAGACAGAACACCCUCCGAGUAUCCCGGCCGCAGAAGAAGGCGGUGAAGCUACAAAGGUGCAAAAGAAGCGUUUCGAAGAGCUCUUCCGAACCAGUGCCCCGCCAGGCGAGAACUGGGUCAAGGCCUUUGCGGUAGUAGAAAAAUUAGUUGUCUACUGCAAAGCCGUCAUAACCGUCACCCACGAUCUCCCGGCCCCCGGCCCGCUCUCUCUGCAACCCGAAAACGGCACCUCUAUCCUAGAGAAGAUCCAAGCUGAUCCCGAAGCUACUAUCGAGUUCACCGGGCCCGAGCGGGAAUACAUCGAGUUUGCCCACCUCCUCACAGCCAUGAUCCAAGCUGCCAUUGCAAAAGACGGCGUUACCGUAAUCUCCUCCGCCGAGAAAGCACAAUCCUGGCUUAGCUCCCGCACCCCCAGUCCUGACAGCGUCCCCAGCGGCGAACCAGAUUGGAACACGCUUCACGCAAUGCACCUGUACAUCGACGCGGCCAUCCUCGUCGGAGCCUUCGUGGCCCCUACGCUGCAAUCCCCGCUGCAUAAGCAGCUGCAUAAAUCCAUCAGGCCGGCCAUCACGUCUCUCAUUGCCGCUGCCACCGCCUUCCAUAACGCUUUACUUGCAGCGGCAUCAAAGGUUUCCAAGGCAAUCGCGGAAGAGGAUGGCAGCGACAAGGAGCAGGAACUGGUCGACCGCGUGCUCGAAUUGGAGCAGGGCAAUGUUGGGCGCGCAUUGAGAGAUAUGCCAAUUUUCGGAGGCGUAGAGAAGGUGGUUGAGGGUGUCAGAAGGAUUAGAAGGGACGUUGCGCGCGCAGUUGAUGGGGGAAGGAAAAAAUGA